AAAACACCCUCGAUGGUACGCUCUUUUCAGCUCAAAACUCUCUUCCCGUCAUUACAAUCGAAACAUAUGAAGCCUUUUGACCAAUAGUGCACCAACUCAUUUUACUACCAGAUGGUAAAUAUUUUUUUCGCCCCGUAUACAAAGUGAGUGAUUGUUCAUAAUUCAGUGUUGUUGGUGCGUGUUGGUCUGGGGCGGUAAAAUGUGCAAAAUGAAACUGUUUGCAAUGUAAAAUUGUCGCAAUCAUGGAUAUGAGACCGAUCUUUGGCGGAUACCCGUUUCAAGGUCAAGGACGUGUUAACCAACUAGGAGGUGUUUUCAUUAAUGGACGUCCUUUACCAAAUCACAUUCGAUUAAAAAUUGUCGAAAUGGCAGCCGCUGGUGUCAGACCAUGUGUUAUUUCAAGACAAUUAAGAGUUUCCCACGGUUGUGUUUCGAAAAUUUUGAAUCGUUAUCAGGAAACUGGAAGCAUAAGACCUGGAGUUAUCGGCGGUUCGAAGCCAAGAGUGGCCACACCUGAAAUCGAAACGAGGAUAGAACAGAUGAAGAAGGAAAAUCCCACCAUUUUUUCAUGGGAAAUUCGGGAGAGGCUCAUCAAGGAAGGAGUCACUGAUCCACCAAGUGUGUCAUCAAUCAGUCGUUUACUACGUGGUGGUGGCCGCAGAGACGGUGAUCCUGACGGGAAAAAGGAUUACACAAUCGAUGGAAUCCUAGGCGGUGAGGGUCGUGAAGAGGAGAGCGACACCGAAUCCGAACCGGGAAUUCCCCUAAAACGCAAACAACGCCGUUCCAGAACCACAUUUUCCGGCGAACAACUCGAAGCUCUCGAACGAGCUUUCAGCCGAACUCAAUAUCCUGAUGUGUACACGCGCGAAGAGUUAGCUCAACAGACUGGAUUAACCGAAGCCCGGAUUCAAGUUUGGUUUUCCAACCGAAGAGCUCGUUUACGGAAACACGUCGGAAACAGCAACGCUCUGGCCUUCCCUUUGGCCAACAUGCCCUGUCAAUAUCCGGCCGAAAGCGCACAUCAACACGACUGGAGAAACGCCCAAUUCACCAACUACAACAUGUUCCAGCAAACUUCGUACACCAACCCCCAAGAAAAUCGGGAUUAUUCGGCGAUUUUUGACGCGAAUUAUGCCACACUUAUGGCACAGAAAAACAAAGAGAGCGAUGCGAAGAACCUGGGGGGGAAUCCCGGGACUUCAUGGGCGAAUUUUCAGGAUUUCAGCGGCGAUCAGUACGCGCCCAAGAAUUACUGGGCGUAAUUUUUGUAGUGGAGUUAAAUAAAUAAUAAUAAAGUU